AUGGCCCCACAACAGCAGGUUAUGUCCCCGCACGUGCACCAGGUUAUGGCCCCGCAAGCAAUGGCCCCGCAAGCACAUCAACAGGUUAUGGCCCCCCAAGCACAUGAGCAGGUUAUGGCCCCCCAGGUUAUGGCCUCGCAAGCACAUGAGCAGGUUAUGGCCCCGCAAGACAAGAGUCAGCUUGAAGAGGACACAAUGCCACCCGCCAAGAGAAUGAAGCAGGAGCAAGCCGUCCAAGACGAAAUGAACAUUCGCUUGGCAGCCAUGCGUAAGGAAAUGGUGGAUGCCUUGGCCAAGCACGAGGAGGAGCUGCAGGAGGCUACGCGUCGGCACCGAGCAAGAAUGCAACAGGAGGAGCAAGAGCAUGAAGCCAGGAUGAAAGCAAGAGAAGCAGCAAUGCAACAGAAGGAGCAAGAUAAUGAAGCCAGGAUGAAACAACAAGAAGAGGACUCACGACUGCGUAUGCAGGAGGAGAGGGACACUCAUGAGCAUGAUCUUGCCCUCAUCAUUGAGCACGUGUCCUCUGUGAAAGCAGAACAAGAGGCUAGGUCUGUGCAGAAAAGCCAAGAACAAGGGGCUUCGUCUGUGCAGAAAAUCCACGACGAUGCAAAGGACAGGCUGCGUGCAAAGCUAGGCAGAGCACCACUGACCACACCCUCGCCAACACAUCCUGGCCCCAGCCCGCCUUCACAGGCUUCUGUGCUAUGCCCACCUGCGCCGCGCCCUGCCCCGAUUCCCACGCAAGUUGAGCCUACGAGGCUUGCACUUGCAUUGCCGCCUCUGCCAACCCCUGCCUCGUCGGCUUUUCCAACACACGUGCCGAGCACCAGUCCGGCCUCUGCGCCUGUGCCGCCCCCCGUGCCAGACAGCCAGCAGGCCAUAAGUGCAAGCGUGUUUCCCCAGGGCAUCGGGGCGGGUCCCUUCAACUCCAGUACACACCCUGCUGCUUGGGGGGCUCUCUACCGUAUGACUCGCCAACCGGACUGUUUGGCCGACAUCAAAGCGCAGUGGGAUGCAGGUUGGCAUGCUGCUUUUAGGGUUAUACACGGGGUUAAACAUUUUACUGGGUGA